UCCUUUUUCCUAUUCUUUUUCUUCCCUAAAAGAUAUGAAAACCUGUGAGAAGCAAAGGGGUCGGAAAGAAAUUGAGCAGAGAAUAUUAACAGAAAGUAAGAUUUUGCAGUGAAUUGAAGCUUCCCCUGAAAAUCCUUGUAGGGAAAUGAGGCGUAGUCUUGAAGUUUGGAAGAUGGGCACUGUCAAUUAUCUGGAGGCACUGAAGCUGCAAGAGAAGCUGGCUUCUGAUAGAAAAGCUCUUAAAAUUACUGAUACCCUAUUAUCUCUACAACAUCCACCAACAUAUACAGUUGGCAAAAGGGAAACAGUUCAUAAUCUUCUCAUUCCUGAUUCAGAGCUCAAAUCCAUUGGGGCAGAACUUCACAAUACACAAAGAGGAGGUGACAUUACUUUUCACGGUCCUCAUCAAGCAAUCUUAUAUCCUAUUGUUUCGUUGAGAGAUAUUGGUUUGGGGGCUAGAAAGUAUGUUGAGAAGCUUGAGCUAACCAUGAUUGAAUUGGCAUCUGUGUAUGGCGUGAAAGCACAAGUUGGACAAAGAUGCGAAACUGGGGUUUGGGUUAAGGACAGAAAGAUUGGCGCCAUUGGAGUUAGAAUCUCAUCUGGGAUCACAUCUCAUGGAUUAGCAUUCAACAUGGAUCCUGAUUUAAACUACUUUAAGCAUAUUGUGCCUUGUGGGAUUGUAGAUAAAGAUGUUACGUCUUUGAAAAAAGAGGCAGAUGUAGAGCUUCCUGCUGAAGAAGUUAUACAGGAAGAGUUGAUCGCUUGUUUUGUAAGAAUAUUUGGUUACAAUGAUGUCAUUUUGAAAGAUAGAGAGGUUGCUUCCAAUUGACACUCGGCAACCCUUCUCCUUUAUCCAGGCUUGAGACGAGCUCACACAAGGUGAAGUUAUUUCAAAGUUGUCGAUAUUUGGAGAAAACCAAAUAAAAUGGAAGAAACUACUAGAUAUUUCAUUUUUUGUCAUUCUA